AUGGCUGUUCAAGUUAUAUUACGAGUAUUACUGCUGCAUCUCGCGGCGGUAACAGCACAGUUCAUGCCAAAUAUGCCGCAGAUGGCCCAAAUGGCACAAAUGGCACAAAUGCCCCAAGGUUCUUUUCCUUUCUUCGGCUCUCAAGGGCAACCAAUUCACAUACAAAUGCCCCAGGGAGGUAUGCCACUCAUGCCAAAUAUGCCACAUAUGCCAGGAAUGCAUAUGUCCGGGAUGCAGUCACCUUUAAAUGGAGGCCGGCUACCAAUGGUGGUAAUGCCCCAUUACACAAAGAAAAAUGAAAAGAGAAGGAAACAAAAGAAAACUAGAAGGCGCAACCGUAAGCAUUCCAAAGGCUCAUCGUCUUCUGAAGAAUCUUGUUCUUCGGAAGAGAUGAAAUUCCGUAACAAUAAUGAUCUGAGGUCUCCAAAGAACAAGAGACAGGAAAUUUUAACUCCCGUAGUUUCAUACGUGACAAAGGAUGGCUAUGUAAUUUACCAAAAGAAGAUUAAAAAAGAGAAGGCUAAGGAUUGGCUGGAGCUCUCUAAAGACCAUAGCGAUGAGUACUUUGAAAAAACUUCAAGAAACAGAAAGCACCAUAAUCACUAG